AUGGGUUUGUAUCAAUUGGUAUCAGAGCCGUCCCCAUCUUUCGAGGUGUCAACACUUGGAGUGGUGGCCUACGGAGUGGUGGCUUGGACCCAAAAAAGAGGGGUGCCAACCGUGACCAACGUAGCCGUGACCAACAAUGACUCAGAGUGGUGGCUUGGACCAAAAGGGGGUGCCAACCGUGAGCAACGAAGAUGUUGGCUCUUCAAAGCGUGGGGUAUUGUUAUGAUCCCACAUCGGCCGAAAGCUGAAUUGUCUGAUUUGACAUCUAACCCGAGACCUAAAGUUAGUAACUGUGCACUAGAGGUAUUGUUUGAGUUGUUAUGCAACAUUUUCAAUACUUUUUACAAGGAGGUAUGUUUUAUGCUACCCCCACUGUUUAAUUUGCUGUUAGAUUGUGCCGAGAGAAUAGAUCGGUCAGUGUCCUUGAUCUCCCUUGUUGCAUUGAAUCCUCCCUUUACCUCCUCCAGGAGUUCCUCAAAGUGUCGAUCCUCUGGUGAUGUCAUAUACAAAGAAUUGUGGCAUGCCUGUGCUGGCCCCCUUGUCAAUGUCCCUCGUGAUGGAGAACGUGUUUGUUACUUCCCUCAAGGCCACAUGGAACAGCUUGAGGCUUCCAUGCAUCAAGGAUUAGACCAGCAGCUCCCAUCAUUUAACUUACCUGCCAAAAUACUAUGUAAAGUGAUGAAUGUUCACCUUCGAAUAACUGAUAAUGCAAAAUUUGAAGACGAUUGUCGUGCAAUUUUAGAGAAUCAAUCUUAUGUGUUAUUCACUUUGAAUAAAUUAAUUUAUAAACUUGUCAAACAGUUGACCGGUCCCACGUCUCGUUUGACUGUUCAAUUGAUGGAUGAUGGAAAUGAAAAGCCUGAAGUGGUUGUUGUUUCUGUGGAUCCUAAUUUUGCAUCUUAUCUUUAUAAAGAUUUUCUUUCUGUUGUUCCUACAAAAAAAACAAUCUGGCAUCUUAAUGAACAGAGGGAAACACUGAAGCUGAUUGAGACUUUUCUUGAUAAAGCUGAAGAUCAAGUACAAGGGUGCUAUGAUUGA